AUGCCCACCAUUUAUUCUUCGUUAUACUCGAAUUUCAUCCGUCAAGGAUCUACAUUCGCAAAGUCCAUCACAACACACGGCUACGCCCAGUCUGUCGUAGCCGCUACUCAUCCGCACGUACUCAACUCGCAAAACCGACCGGUUUUCCGACGCCGUCCCAGUCACCGCCUCAGUCGUCUUUCUACCCUCCAGCUUCAUUCUGCGUUCCACACCGAGCGAAGCAGCGGCGGGUUUUCCGACCAUCGUACCACCCAUAAUCAUGGAGGUCUAGACGCCUACUUUGAGGCCCUGCAAAACAAGCAGGUUGCCGGUGAAGCUGACAAGGAGUGGACGCAAUUCGAAUUUCCAAAACGGAUCGAGUGGAAGCCUAGCUCCUCCGCCGUUCUCCAAAGCCAAGAUGCUGCCGCCGUGGCCCCCCAAGCCGCAGAGGCCGCAGAGGCCGCAGAGGCCCUUUCUUCCAUUCCCGCGGACGAUCAGGCAGCUCUCGCACACAUCAAUGCCGCGCUCGAGAGAGAACUCGAGGCUCGACAGCUCCUUGAAUCUUCCGCAAAUGCACCAGCUGCUGGACGGUCCGCUUCGAUCUCCCCCUCGGCAAGUCGCACACCACUUCUUUCCAGAUCCGGAACUCCUGGUGACGCUCGCGCCCCGUCACCAGACGUUGACCGCCAGUCACAGUCCUAUGCCGAUCAUCUGUUCAAGCUUUCCGAAACUGGUCGAUAUGCCGAGAUUCCUGCCGUCUUCGAAGCUAUGCUUGCCACGGGCGUCAAGCCCAUUGCUAGCGCCUACAAUGCUCUGCUGGCAGCCGCCAUUCACACUCCUAGCAGGAAAAUCGAGGUUGUGUCCAAAGCUCUCGAUGUGUACACAGACAUGCUUCGUCGACGGAUCUCACCGGAUCGCGACACAUACGACAUCCUGGUAGGCCUCUUGGCUUCUCGAUCACUGGAGGUCCUUCAAUUGAAGGCUGCGUUGGAGGACAAGCGCAAACGCUUCGGUGGCAUGGAUGACCCUGAUAGAUUCAUGCUCGCAUCCCACGAGUUUGAGCAUGCCAUUCUCUGUGAAGAGGACAGGUUGGAUCUCGCCAUGAAACUGUUCGAUUCCUCUGUUGAUGCCGGCGUCGCCACAUACUCUGCCGAGACGUACAAGAUGUUGAUUUCUGCCUGCGCCGAGUCCGGCCGUGUUUCGGAUAUGCUUGGGCUGUUUGAACACAUGGAGUUGAGCAAGACGAUUCCGUUUGCCUCAAUCUUCCCAACCAUGAUCACCGCAUUUGCUAAGCGCGGCGAUUUGGUCAGUGCUGUUGAGUGCUACGACGAGUACCGCAGCUUAGCUAUUGCCCAAGAUGGCGGCGAAGCCACCCUGCGCGACCGUGCCGACUCUGAAGUGUAUGCCGCCGUGAUUCAUGCAUACGUCGUCUCGGACAAGAUUGAAGGGGCUGUCAAAUUUUUCCAGAAAAUCGUCAGGGAGUAUGGCGUGCGCGCGGCGGAUAUCAAGGAUGCCUUGGUCAGCACCGGCUUUGUCAAGGGCCUGGUCUCACGUGGUAUUCACCAAGAAGCAUUCCAUUGGGCGCAAUCGAUUGAAGCCGAAGCUCGCUCGGAAGCCAUGGUCAAGAUUGCCACUGCCGCAGCUGACGGCAACGAUAUCAAGACGGCCACCGAAGCCUUUGUCAACAUCGAAGCAAAGGGCCAAUCACUCGUCACCCCGACCGUGGCUCUCUUGGCCAUGUUCAUUCGAGCGGGUGACGUUGCAGCUGCCGCCAAGUAUUGGCAGGCCCUUGCCAUCCCUGGGGUCAGAGCCAAUGCCGACUUCAUCGAGCCGGCUGCCAUGUAUGCCGUCGCUCUGAUUGGCUCCGGACGGGUUGCCGAGGGUUUGGCCGAGUCCGAAAUGAUGUUCCAGCGCAUCCGGGCCUCGGAUUCCGGGGCUAAUCCUCAGAUCGGCGAAGAGAUAGACGAGGGAGUUGAUUUCAUCCAGCGCUACAUGGAAAGCCGUGGGAUUGCCGAUGCCCGAGAGAGUAGCUCGCAAAUGUCAACAGCACCGCCGCAGACCGUCACAGUCUCACCGUUUUCGUCCACUCCCUCAGUCUCCAGCUUUGAGGAGAAUUAUGAUCCUCAUGCACACAACACGGACUUCAAGGGCUCUUCACUCAUUGCCGAUGACUUGGAAGGCGGACAGGGUCGAAAAGGUGGGCGUCUGGACGAAGCCCUUGGCCGGUUCCGCAACAUUCGUCGCGCUGGUCGCCAUCCCCGCUACAUCACGUACGCCAAGUUGAUCUCUGCAGCCGCUCGCGAGGGCAAAAUAGAUCUCUGUCACGAGAUUCUGGCCAUGGCUCGUGCCGACGUUCCCCUGAUGCCUCAGUACGCGACUGUCCGAUAUGGCUGGUCUUCAAUUCUUGACGCCAUGGUGGGAGCCUGCUUGAACCUGGGCAACAGAGGCCGCGCGGAGCAAUACCACCAGGAGCUCUUGGAGAUGGGAGCUGCCCCAUCGGCCAACACCUUUGGUCUCUACAUCACGACCUUGAAAGACUCGACCAAGACGUUUGACGAAGCCUCUGAAGCCGUUCGAAUUUUUCACCGGGCCAAGGCGGAAGGCGUGGAACCCAGCUCGUUCCUGUACAAUGCUCUCAUUGGGAAGCUGGGCAAGGCUCGUCGCAUCGAUGACUGUCUGUUUUACUUUGCGGAGAUGAGGGCAUUGGGCAUCAAACCGACGUCGGUGACUUACGGCACCAUCGUCAACGCGCUCUGCCGCGUCAGUGACGAGAAGUUUGCCGAGGAGCUGUUUGACGAAAUGGAAGCCAUGCCCAACUACAAGGCCCGGCCGGCGCCCUACAACAGCAUGAUGCAGUUCUUCCUGACCACGAAGCACGACAAGUCCAGGGUCCUCGCUUACUACGAGCGCAUGAAGGCCAAGGGCAUCGCGCCGACGUCGCACACAUUCAAGCUCCUCAUCGACACCCACGCCACGUUGGAGCCGGUGGACAUGGCUGCCGCCGAGCAGGUUUUGGCCACGGUUGGUGCGCGUGGCCAGUCGGAGCCUGUUCAUUACGCAUCUCUGAUUCACGCGCGCGGUUGCGUCUUGCACGACAUGGAGGGAGCCAGGAACUUGUUCGACUCGGUAGUCGGCAACGCGCUCGUGCCCGUCAACUCGAGCCUUUACCAGGCACUGUUUGAGGCCAUGGUGGCCAAUCACCAGGUGGAGGCUACAGAACCGGUGCUCGCUCAGAUGCGAAGACGAGGCGUGGAGCUGACUGCGUACAUUGCCAACACGUUGAUUCACGGCUGGGCCACUCGAAAAGACAUUGGUAAGGCCCGGGAGAUUUACGAGUGCGUCAGUCGAGAGAAGCGGGAGCCCAGCACCUACGAAGCCAUGACAAGAGCCUACUUGGCGGUUGAGCAACGUGACCAGGCCAAGGCCGUGGUGGGCGAGAUGCUUACCCGCGGUUAUCCCAGCGCUGUCACGAACAAGAGUUUGGAGCUUCUCGGUGGCGACGAGGCUGCGAGCGAAUAA